AUUAGUUGAUUAACACUCCCAGUAGGAUCCUGUUUAAACCAGUGCCGAGUGCCUUUCCAGUCACAUUGUGUAGAAUCAGCCAUGGCAGCACUGUGCUCAGUACGAUCAUGUGUGUCUACCGUUACACGGGGUUUGAGGAGAUAUGGGACCCCAGCUGUUGCAAAAGCGGUGGUCAAAUCAGACCCUUUGGAACCUGACGGUCCUUUUGUCAACACGGAGAUCCCGGGACCCCUUUCUCGUGAGCUAAUUCAGGAACUCGAUACCAUUCAGAACACGAAAGCGGUACACUUUUUUGUGGACUAUGAGCGCUGUCAGGGCAACUACAUUGCCGACGUGGACGGAAAUGUGUUGCUGGACUUGUAUACUCAGAUCGCCUCAGUUCCUAUAGGAUACAACCACCCCAGACUACUUGAUGCUUUGAUGAAGGAUGAAAACAGGGCUACGUUCGUUAACCGUCCGGCUCUAGGAGUGUAUCCGCCACGGGAUUGGAACUCUCGACUCAAGAAUGCUCUUCUUUCGGUGUCUCCCUCUGGCCUUAACCAGGUCCAGACAAUGGCGUGCGGAACAUGCUCAGUAGAACACAGUCAGAAGGCAAUGUUUAUUGCAUACCAGCGUCGUAAAAGAGGCGGGAGGCCCAUUUCCUCAGAGGAGAUCCAGUCGUGUCUUGAUGGUCGAGGCCCUGGAUGUCCUAAUCUAUCGGUCCUAUCAUUCAAAAACGGAUUACAUGGAAGGACCAUGGGUGCUUUGGGUGUUACCCACGCCAAAUGGCCCUUGAAAUUAGACUUCCCUGUACCGGAUUGGCCCGUUGCCAGUUUCCCUACCCUGCAGUACCCACUGAACCAGUUCGCACGGGAAAACCGGGCCGAGGAGAAUCGCUGUUUGGAAGAGGUGAGGGAACGUAUACAUGCUUGGGACAGAAAGGACUGCCCAGUGGCUGGGAUUAUCGUGGAACCGAUCCAGUCGGAAGGAGGGGACAACCAUGCUACACCUUACUUCUUCCAGGGACUCCAGGACAUCGCCAAGGAACACGAAAUUCCCUUGAUGUUGGAUGAAGUGCAGACAGGAUGUGGUUCAACUGGAAAGUUCUGGGCGCAUGAGCACUGGAAUCUUAGGGAAGCUCCAGAUAUUGUGUGCUUUAGUAAAAAGAUGCUUACUGGGGGAUUUUACUACAAAGACCACUUACGACCACAAGAGGGUCACAGGAUCUUCAACACGUGGCUAGGCGAUCCCUCUAAAUUGAUCUUUCUGGAGGAGGUAGUGAAUCUUAUAAAGGAGGAUGAUCUUUUGGAUCGAGUGGAAGACACUGGAUCUCAUCUUCUCAGUGGGUUGCACGAUGUGCAGGACAGGUUCCCCGGUUUACUUAGCAAGGCUCGGGGAGUUGGAACAUACUGCUCCAUUGACGUUAAGGACGCAGACACACGGGAUAUCAUUCUCCACAGACUAAGACGUAAAGGUAUCAACCUCGGUUCGUGUGGAAGCAGUUCUAUACGAUUUCGACCGACACUUCUCCUGUGUAGGAGUCACGUGGAUAUCUUCAUGGACAUCUUCGAUUCGGUUAUAUCAGAGCUACACCUCUAAGCCUGUGUCAUUUCGUACCCGACACUGAUUGACUGUUAUUGACAAAGGAGGAGUUGGAAUUUCUUCCCAAGACUUACAAAGAACAAUUCGUCUCAUAAGAAACUAUCUCUUUGAAUUCGUCAUUUGUUGUCUAAAGAUAGAGUGUCCAUGUCACUCGGUGACAUAUCUCAAAAAAGAGCUACAAUUUGUGUGGCAUUUAUCUUGCUAACACUGUGCUACCGGUUACGAUAUUAACGGAGAAAAUUACAAUAUGUUCCAACUCUCUAGAAAGUUCUGUAACAUAUCAAAAUACAUAUGCCGAGUAACGUAUAUACAGUUUAAGGCAUGUACACAGAAGAAACUUGAUUUGCCAUAGGAACAGUAUGAUACUAUAUUUUUGUAUUUUUAUAAUAACUUCGUGUAAUAGCGUAUUCAGCCGUCUACAACAGUACUGAGACCUGUUAAACAUGGCCUCUUAUCAUCCGCUGAAUAAAGCCAACAAGCAUAAUUAAACAUGGCCUCUUAUCAUCCGCUGAAUAAAGCCAACAGGCAUAAAGGAGCGCGUUCGUCCAACGCGUUUGUACAGCUGUAGGUAACUAUAAAGAGGGCUACUUAGAUAAUACAUUAACAGUACAGAUGACCGCCUGUUGUAAAUGUUAAUUUCAUGACUUAAUGUGUUCGGUAACAUCCACGUAUUGUAUUUAUUCUACUUUGAUUGACUAUCUAGUCGGGGUUAGCAAUGAAAGUGUCUUCUGGAUCUUCGCCUGAUUUAUAAUCAAAUUGAAACUUAACACUUUUAUAUAAGAAAUUGAUGCAACAAUUGUAUUAGCUUUCUAAAAAUUGAAUUGAAAGUAAUGUACACAAGGUUGUUAAUGGUUUUAACAGAAGCACCACUCCCGAUAAAUAAUACGUCCCUAGACAUACUUAUCUAAAAGCUGUAAGUCAGGAAAGGUUUUUCAACCUUCACAUUGAAUGCUUUUAACAUCGCCUUCAACUUAUUAAUUUCAAAAUAAUUGUAUGUCAAAACACUUGUUUACUGUUAGUUGCAACUUCAAUAAGGAACGGGUUGUACAUUUUCUUCGUCAUAAAAACAUUCUGCAGCUGCAGCAGUAACAUUAAUUAAACGUCCUUGACCUUAAUCCGGUCUCUUUAAGGAAUGAUGAUUCCCGUCAGCCUUUGAACGUAUGAUACUGACCUUUGUCAAUAAUCCAAGGACUACUUGGAUGAACGUUUACCAAUUUGGUUUAAAGACUACCCAAAUAUCAGGAUACUGAUAAACAGACGGACAGUCACCAAUAUACGCAUUGUAAAACGGUAAUUCGGUAUUAGUAUGUGAAGAUAGAUAUAUGGUCGCCCUAAAACCUCUUAUGUGUUUUCACAAGUUAGAUUAGUGAAAGUAUGAGUAGUCCGACGACUCUCUAAUGUGUUUUCACAGGUAAGAUUAGUGAAAUUUGUAAAACAACAUUCAGACUGAUGAAACCUGUGUUGAUGUGUAUUUAAGUCAGUCACAGAAGUGUCUUGAUUGGUGGUUUAUGAUUAUACUUAACACAAAGAUACGAAGUUGAAUACAUUAACCGUUCUUUGUACAGAGUGUAUAAUGUAAAGCUAUGUCGGUGAAUGAUAGAGUUUAUACAUUAAAUACCUCAAAUGUUUAUAUUUA